AUGUUGCAACCAUAUGGCGUAGCAUAUGAUGCCUGGACUCGUCGGCUUCUGGUUGCCGAUCACGUCAAUCACAGGAUCCAAGCUUGUAGGGUCAAUCCAGGUUUCACUACGUUUGGCUUCCCUGAAGUAUCUCGUGCAAGUGGAGUCACAUUGGCAGACUUGGAUGGAACAAGAGGUGGAGGCAAAGGUUUUAGAACAUUGUCGACUAGUAAAUUCGGCCGGUCCGGUCAAUUCGGCCUCGGUAACAUGGAGGCGCUUGUCAACAAAUCGGGAGAACACGUCUGGCACCCAAUCGCUGUCGCCAUCGGCGUUCCAGGUUCAGGCAAACUGGUCGUCAGUGAGGCCCUGGGUACCAUAAAGGUGGUCAAAAUCUCGGCGCCCGCAGAAGUCAACAAUGACAGCCCAGAUACAACUGUUUAUCAUGAGGAUAUCAGAAAUUAA